CUGGAUAUUUUGUCGCACGUACAGUAACGUGCAUGGUCGCCAUUUUCCAUUCAAAUGUCUCACUAAUUACUUAUAAUUUAUUGGAAAGCGUUGGCAACAGUGCCAAAUAAGCGUUGAAAAAGGAGCGACUUCUGACAUUCGACGAAGAACGUCGAGAAUAUGAGCUUAUUGACCAAUCAGUUGCUAGGGCCAUCUGAUGCCUGAUGAUAUUAUGAAUUGUAAGAUUCCCCAUCAACUUAGAUUUCCUAAAAACAAUCUACCGACUCUAAUAAUCGGAAUUAUCAUCGGCGUCGUUUUCACAUCUAUUUAUUUUAAUGUUAAUUUUCGGAAAACGCCCUAUUCUCUCCUGAAUUGGCGAUAUUUAGUGAAUACAAACUCGUUUCACAGUGAUGAGGAAUCGAAAGAUGAGGAAUCAGAUCUACUAGUUUCUUCCUACAAGGAAUUUCAAAAAAAUAUAGAUGAAGACAUUGACAUCAAAACAACAGCUAAGGGAGUUCGAGUCUUAUGCUGGGUUAUGACAAGUCCAGCAAAUCACGUAAAGAAAGCCAAACACGUGAAAGCAACUUGGGGGAAGAGAUGCAAUAUUCUUUUGUUCAUGAGUACCCAAUACGAUCCCCAUCUUCCUAUUAUAAAAUUGAACGUUUCGGAGGGAAGGAAUUCUUUAUGGGGGAAAACAAAGUCUGCAUUCAGAUAUAUUUAUGAGCAUCAUAGAGAGGAUGCGGAUUGGUUUCUAAAGGCAGAUGACGAUACCUACGUAAUAAUAGAAAAUUUGAAGUAUUUUCUCAUGUCUCAAAAUACUUCGGAACCAAUAUACUUCGGGUGCAAAUUUCGGACUUUAGUGAAGCAGGGAUUUAUGAGUGGAGGUGCCGGUUACGUGUUAAGUAAAGAAGCUGUAAGAAGAUUUGUCGAAGCAUUAGACAAUAAUCAGUGUCGCAAAGAUGAUGGAGGAGCAGAAGAUGUAGAAAUAGGACUGUGCUUAGAGAAAAUAGGCGUCUUCGCUGGGGAUACUAGAGAUAGCAGAGGCAGAGGAAGAUUUUUUCCGAUGGUGCCAGAGAAUCAUAUAAUACCAAAUGCCAUCCCUAACAAUAGCUGGUAUUGGAAACUUAUAUACUAUCCAGUAAAAAAGGUAUUAAAUUAUUAUUUUUUAACAAUGCUAAUUCCACAUCAUCAAGAUUAUGCAAAAACUGGAAACAAUGAUUUUAUUUUUAAUACUGUCCUUAUUUGA